CUUUCGCAACAAAGGACCGCAUGAGACAGUCGCAGGAAGAGAGCUGCGAUUACGGAAGCAGCGAUGAAGACUUCCUCGGCCUUGAAGGCACCAUGGGCUACCCGAGCGCAAAGCUACGCAGAGUUCGCGCCAUCUUCUUGGGCACCCACCGCCGCCGUCGAUCUGUUUUGCCAUCUCAGGGCAAUCAACCAAGAGUUGUAGUCAGCACGACGACAUGUCGGAAUCCCAAGGCAACAUAUACAGACUUGACAUCAUCCGAGGACGAAGAUGCGGCAUGCGAUCGUCUCGUGGACGACCAAGAUGUAGGACUGUGCACUACGCGACUCAAGAAACUGUGUGCGAAGGCAGUUGCCCCCCUGGACCUUCAUCAGCUCACCGAAAAAAGCGAUCACCAAGUGAGUUUGGAGGAUCUUCGGGACUUGAAACAAGUCGAAGACGCCGCACUUGCGGCCAAAGUUCUCCAAAUUCAAAUGCGCAUGGCGAAGCAACUCGCGGCACUGGAAGCCUCGUUUCGGAGCAACGUGGCGGAGAUGACCCGUCAACUCGUCACGGCCAUCGAGUCUGAACGGGCACAGAGCUAUGCAAGAGCGGUUGCUUCGUCCGCCGUGAAAGGAGCCGACUCGAUGCCACGCGAGUCGGGGAACUCUCAUGCCUCCUCCCAUCGCGUUCAUCAUGACGGAGCCGUAUCCUCGGUGGCCAAGUUAGAAGCAACCGUGUCCCAAGGCCUCCUGACCCGCGUGAAAAUGCCUCCACAGGACACAAAGCCAUAUGCAAGACAACGCUCACACACGAACGAGAAUUGGCCUGACGCCCCGCUGUCGCCGCGUCGAGCUCAACCCACGACGUGGAAGAAGGGCUUGUCCAGAGAAGUGACUCACUCAAAAACUCACCAAGACAACAGCAGCAGUCGAUUUCUAAGUCCCUCGGAAAAGGAGGAGCUCUUCCGGCUGCGAAACACCCUCGGACGGAUGACACAGUUGAUGGACGACGCUGUGGAGUAAAAAUGGGUGCUAAGAUUAUAAACGAACGAUUACGCUGCGAGCAUGAGCGACAUGUUGGCGAUGGUUCCCUGGUGCUUUUGCCUCGACACGAGCAUGACCGACAGCUCCGUGCUGAACCCAGAGCCUUCCUUGAGCACGUUCUCCGUGGGAAUGGUAAAGUGCAGAUCCGCUUCCUACAACAUACAUGCAUCAGAGAUCGAAUGACUGGAAGAUGAGGUACUACCGCUUCGAGGAAUUCUUCUUCAAAGUUGUCGAACGACUUGACGGUCGGCUCAGCGUACGCGGCCUUUGCCUUCUUUCCAGCUGGUUUCUUCAAGGCUGAAAUGUCGACUUGCACGCCGGCGAGGAUCAAGAAGUAGUCAAAGUUGAAUGACGCCUUGAUCGCCGGAUCUAUGGAAUUUUCGACCGCCCAGUCAAUGUCUUGUUGCAGUGCGCUGUGCAAAUGGGGCACCAGUUGGUACGGCAAGUUGAUAAUGCGCCGAUUCAGGACGAGGCCAACUGUCUUGGACGACAAGAUCGAAGCUCAGCGCCGUGAUGAACCCAAACACGUCCGUCUCGCCUUCGCAACACACCAUGGACCCAAUACUGACUUGCUUGACAAUGAUGUCGGCCAAAUUGGACGUAUCCAGAGCCGUGGGUGGGAGGAAGUUGUUGCUGAUGAGUUGUUUGACGCUGUGGAAGUUCUGCUCGCACGGGUCGGUGAAGACGAAGUCCACAUCCACAUUCUCUUUCUGGUCUCCAUUGGAUUUGAGCACAAUGUCUUCUUCGCCACCCGACUCGUCCGAGGACUCGCCCAUGCUUUCAUCGUUGAUCUCUCCCAGUUGACGCUUGCUCAUGCUCGCUCACCUUGAUGGAAUUCGUAAUGCAAUGGUUGGUGCAUCUCAAAACUACGUGGCGUAUCCGGAAGCUCAAAC